CAAAGUGAGACAAAGAGGACAGCUAUAUAAAUCCCUCCCAUUUACUCUAAAAAUGUUAAUUUACCCCGUUGUUUAAUUAAUGUGACGUAUUUCUGUCCCCUCUUAAUUUUAUAACUAUUCCUGCCACCAAAAAAUAUGGAAAAUCUCGAAAAAGCGCAGUGGAGGCUUUCGAUGUAGCACAAAUGCCAUAGUUUGACGUUUCUAACCAAUCUGUCACUUGUCAUUUUCACUUAUCGUGAGAUAUUUCGUUGUAAAAAUGGAGCCAAAGUCGAAGAGCGAACACCUGUUAUCUCUGAAGGUGAUGAGGUUAACGAGACCGACAAUCGCCACUCCAGCUAUUGUCACAUGUGACUCGGCUGACUUACCUGGUAAUACUUUGAAUAAUGCCUUAAAAGAGGAUUGCACAGCUCUCCAGGGGAUGGAGGUCCUGGCAGUUGGACAAUUCAUGGUUUUACCUCAGAGUUUUGGAAAUAUUUAUCUAGGGGAAAUUUUUUCGAGCUACCUCUGUGUACAUAAUGGGAGUAAUCAGGUGGUGAAGAAUAUAAGCGUGAAGGCCGAUCUGCAAACGAGCACUCAGUCUAUUCGUCUGUCGAAUAAGAAUGUAAAUAUUGGGGAAUUGACAGCGGAUAGUACUAUUGACGAGGUCAUCCACCAUGAGGUGAAAGAAAUUGGAACUCACAUACUAGUUUGCGAAGUAAGUUAUACCCCAUCAGCUCCAGGAAGUCUUCCCCAGUCAUUCCGAAAGUUCUUCAAAUUUCAAGUAUUGAAGCCCCUCGACGUGAAAACAAAGCUUUACAAUGCAGAGUCAGAUGAGGUUUAUGUAGAGGCGCAAAUACAGAAUCUCACUGUUGGUCCUAUUUGCCUGGAGAAGGUGGCACUGGAAUCCUCGUCUUCUCUGUUCGCUGUAACAACACUGAACACUAAUGAUCGAGGGGAGUCUAUAUACGGUGGUGUCAAUGUACUGGAUCCCAAUUGCAGUAGGCAGUAUCUUUACUGCUUAAAGCCUCUGCCCAGUUUGCUCAAGGAUCCCAAAAUAAUGCAUAACGCCACGCUGAUCGGAAAAUUAGAUAUUGUGUGGAGGAGUAAUAUGGGGGAGAGGGGAAGAUUGCAGACUAGUCAACUUCAGAGAAUGGCUCCUGACUACGGAGAUCUCCGAGUGACCGCAAGAGACAUACCAAUUGAAGUAUUCCUCGAGAGCAUAACUGAGUUUAAGUGCCACGUGAUAAACACAUCAGAGAGGAGCAUGGAUUUAUUACUAAGUUUAGAGUCGAAUAGUUCUGUUGCCUGGUGUGGAAUAUCAGAUAUAACAAUUGGAUCGUUGAAACCAGGAGCCUCCACUGAUAUUCCUCUGUGCCUCAUUCCCUUACAAACUGGUUUAAUUACAAUCUCCGGGCUGAAAUUAGUCGACACUUUCCUCAAACGUGUGUACGACUAUGAAGAUCUGGCGCAAGUAUUCGUCUCUCAACUAAGUUAAAAUGGAGAAUAAUUAGAAAAUAUUAACACAAAGAAAAGAAGGAUGGAAAUAUUAGAGUGAUAUUUUAUUACUGGAAAUACGUGUCUAGAGUAGACAUUCUUUCAUUUUCAUUGACAGCACCUACAGCGCAAGCGAGUAGAGUUUGCACAUCCUGUGGCUCAUUACCUCCAUAAAUAUAUCCAUUCGCUUUGUCAAUUGCAUUUUUCACUUGGAGAAGAAGGCCCUGGUUGGAGAUGUCGAGUGGUAGAAAUGUCACAAGACUGUAGUCUUCGAUCAGAGAUACUAAUGCAGCAUUGAGUUUUUUGUAUCUGGAAAUAAAUAUUCACAUCGAUGAUUUAUUUUAGAUCGAUAGUGAUGAGGCGAAAGGAGAUAAUUCCAAGAUGAAAAGACAGAUUCUCUCGUCAAUUUUUUGAAAGAAAGAAACUGAGAGAAAAAUAUCGAGACUUUUUUUUGUUAGAUUAAUUAAUGGACUUUGAAAAUCGAAAAAUAUUUCUUCCUCUAAACCUGAUAGUUCAAGAGAUAUUUGCAAAAUGGUGUGGAGGGUGAUGAGUGACUUUAAGAUGUCAAAAGACUUUUUUGUCGGAAAUUUGUUCAAGUUUGAUAAAGAUCUGCUGGCAUUCCUCUCUGAAUUGACUAAUUUCAAAUUUGGACAUUUUUAAAUUUAUCUUGUGUCUUAUGACUUCAUCACCCUUUGGUCAAUGAUUUAUUUUAGAUCGAUAGUAAUGAGGUGAGACGAGAUAAUUCCAAGAUGAAAUGACACAUUUUCUUGCGAAUUUCUUUGGAAGAAAGAGGUUGACGGAAAAUUAUGAAGACUUUUUUUUGUUAGAUAAAUUCAUAGACUUUGAAAAUCGAAAAAUAUUUCUUCCUCUAAACCUAAUAGUUCGAGAGAUAUUUGCAAAAUGGUAUGGAGGGUGAUGAGUGGCUUUAAGGCGAUGUCAAGAGACUUUUUUGUCGGAAAUUUGUUCAAGUUUGAUAAAGAUUUGCUGGCAUUCCUUUCUGAAUUGACUAAUUUCAAAUUUGGACAUUUUUAAAUUUAUCUUGUGUCUUAUGACUUCAUCACCCUUUGGUCAAUGAUUUAUUUUAGAUCGAUAGCAAUGAGGUGAAACGACAGAUUUUGCUGCGAAUUUCUUUGGAAGAAAGAGGUUGAGAGAAAAUUAUCAAGACUUUUUUUGUUAGAUAAAUUCAUGGACUUUGAAAAUCGAAAGAUAUUUUUUUCUCUAAACCCAAUAGUUUUAAAGAUAUUCGCAGAUAUUUGCAAAUUUUUCGUAGUAAAUUCAUUCAACAUUCCCCCCUAAAGCUACUAAUUCCGUUCAUUUUUGGAUUUAUCCUGUUUAUCAUCCAACUACUGACAUGAUUAAAAAAAAGUUUUUUGAAAUAAGAUAUCGAGAAUGAAAUACAAAAAUACUUACUUGGCAGUCAUGGGGUCCUCGUCGAGUUUAUCAAGUAAAUAAUUCAAGUCUAAUACUUCAGUAUAAAAGUCUAUGUUGAAUGCUAGGCGAUCACGGAAUUUCUUCAUCUGAUCCAAUUUGGUCAUGAUAUUAACAUGAGGUAAGCCCAGUUGUAGCAUUGUGGUAGUGCAAAGUACAAGAGACGACAGAUAUUUUCCUAAAAUCAAAUUGAAUCAAUGAAAUGCCAUAUUUUUUAGAAAACAAAUAUUACGAGUAACUAGUGCGCUGUUUUUUAACUAGUACAAUUUCACAAAAAUAAUAUUAUUGUAUCAUCUGGAAAUAUCAACUGGAAAUAAUGAUUUUCUGAAAUCUGUAUUUAUUUUCACUCCCUGAAGCCUAUGAUUAUUAUGUGGAAUAAAUUAUUAUAAUUUAAUGUUA